UCCUCAACGCUUACUUACCAAAAACCAUUUCGUUUCCUUGUUAUAAAAGCUUCAUUUCAAGCUCUCCCUUUCAUCAGGAUAUCAAUUACUAGCUGCUACAAUAAAUCCAAGAUGAAGAGUUUCUUUGCUUUCUUCUUUCUCUUGCUUGUCUCGGUAAGGUCCGAUGUUAUUCAAGAAUCUUGCGACAAAGCUGCCAAAGGUGACGCCGGUAUAAACUAUGGCUUUUGUGUUGCGAGUCUCGAACAGAAUCCCAAGAGCAAAACAGCCACCAGCAUUGGAGAUUUGGUUCCCAUCACAAUCGACAUUGCCAUAUCUAAUGCAACAAGCAUCAGCUCUAUCAUUUCCAACCUUUUGAAGAACAAAAACCUUGAACAUUAUACAAGGAUGUGCUUGGAAGAUUGCUCUGAACUUUACUCUGACGUAGGGUCUUCUUUAAAAAGUGGUCGCCAGGCUUUUAUGUCUAAAGAUUAUGGAUCAGCUAAUGCGGACAUAAGCGCAGCCUUGGAUGCCCCGGACACUUGUGAAGAUCAGUUCAAGGAGAAGAAAGGGGUGGUGUCGCCAUUGACAAAGGAGAACAGCAAUUUCUCCCAGCUGACAGCACUGUCUCUUGCUUUCAUAUCCAUGCUCUAAGCCUCUAAUAAUGUGACUGUUGUUUCCUUCAGUCAUGUAUUUUUUUGCACCACAGUCAGCCACCCAAUAAUUAACCACAACUAUGGUUUUAAUCCUGAGCCAAAAAAUUAAAAAUUUAGUAUUUUAUCAAUAUAUAUGGUGAAUGUUAGUAUCUUUCGUCAAAGUAAUAAAGUAUUCAUUUAAUAA